ACGUGGCACCGUUCUCACCACUUAAAACAUAUCCUCUUCUUUUUCUUGUUUAUGACGGAACUACAAACGGAAUCGUCUUUCUGCUACUCUGCUCUACAAAUCGACAUCGAAGGCACUAAUCAAAACAUCUCGUAAGCUUAAAUUUUUAUUGAGUAUCAACUCUUUUGGAGCUCCCCAUGGAAUUCCUGAUCAUUUCAUGGGUUUCCAUGUGUAUAAUUGUUCUCAUCGCGGGCUUUGUCCUAGGAAAACCUAGCAAAAUGUCCAAAAUGCCACCUGGACCAGCACCCUUACCCAUCAUUGGCAACCUCCAUUUAAUCUCCCGUCUUCCUCACAGAUCCUUUUGCUCUCUGGCCCAAAAAUAUGGCCCAAUUAUGACCCUCCACUUGGGUUCUCUCCCAACCGUCAUAAUUUCAUCUCCUCAAAUGGCCAAACAAAUCCUAAAAACGCAGGACCAUGUAUUUGCAAGCCGUCCUCCCAUGGGAAGUGACGACCAUUUCCUAAGCCCCCAGAAAGUUGCAUUCGCUCCAUAUGGUCCAUACUGGAAAUUCAUGCGCAAAGUCCUCGUUUUGGAGCUUCUUUCUCCCAAGAGAUUGAAAUCUUUUGCACCCCUGAGAGCCCAAGAAGUCUCUGCCAUGAUACGCUCUAUACUACACAAAGCCAGAGACAAUGAUAACAGUAGCAGCAACUCCUCUGCUGUAGAUUUAUCCAUGGAGGUGGGUUUUCUUACUAAUAAUAUCAUCUGCAGAAUGUGUUUUGGGAAGAUAUGUAAUGAUGAUGAGAUGGGGGGGAGAGUAUUCAAGGAAGUUUUGGAUGAAGUACUUGCUCUAGCUGGUGGUUUUAAAUACAGCGAUUACAUUCCCCUCUUGGGUUGGGUCGAUUUGCAAGGCAAUAGACGAAGACAAGCCAAGCUUACUAAGAUUUUUCAUUUGUUUGUAGACAAAAUUGUGGAUGAACACCUUGAAAGAAGGAAGAAGUUCAGUGGUUUGGAGUGUGAGGACUUUGUGGAUUUGCUGCUUUCUUUGUCUGAAAAUGAAUCCAUGGAGAUCAAAAUUACAAGAGACCACAUCAAGAAUGUUAUUUUUGACUCAUUAUCUGCAGCCACAGAUACUUCAGGAGGUACACUAGAAUGGGCCAUGUCAGAAUUGCUUAGAAAUUCAUCUUCAUUAAAGAAAGCUCAAUGUGAGCUUGAUUCUAUAAUUGGUUUCAAUCGUAUGGUAGAAGAAUAUGAUCUACCACAUCUUCAUUAUUUGCAAUCAGUAGUAAAAGAAACAUUAAGACUUCACCCAUCUGUUCCUAUGCUCCUUCCACAUCAAUCCAUGGAACAAUCAACAUUAGAGGGAUAUCAAAUACCGAAGAAUACACAAGUUAUUGUGAAUGCUUGGGCUAUUGGAAGAGAUCCAAUUACUUGGGAAGAAGCUAAUGAGUUCAAGCCAGAAAGAUAUUUAGGAACUCAAAUUGAUGUUAAAGGUCAAAGUUUUGAACUCAUACCAUUUGGUUCAGGCAGGAGAGGCUGCCCUGGAAUUGAUUUGGCUUUGUCUGUAGUCCAUCUUGGCCUUGCACAACUAUUACAUUGCUUUAGUUGGAGUCUUCCUCAUAGCGUAACUCCAAAAAAAUUAGAUAUGUCUGAAACAUAUGGUAUUACCAUACCAAGGGCAAUACAUCUUCAUGCCAUUCCAAUUCCACGCCUUCCACUAGAAUUCUAUGAACCAAAAGCAUAAAUAUAUGGAACUUUGUCUAGUAUGCGUUUUGCUAUCAAAUAUAUACACAUGUAU